CCGCUCGCGUUCCAGGUCGCCCGGGUCGGAUGCCAGUGGCGCCCGACGACGGAGGAGAUCUUCGCCUUAUUCUUCACGAGUUGAUAAGAGAGAACUUACCGCUGAUAUUGCCAAGGCCCGCAAACCCCGUGAUGACCGCCGCCUGAGCCGCAGUAGAAGUCGCGAUGACCACCGCCGACGCCGACCCUCCUCGCGGGGGUACAACCGUGAUCGCAGCCGCAGUCGAGGCCGGUCCCGCAGCGCUAGUCAGGGCUCGCGCAGUCGCAGCCGGAGCCGUAGUCGAGGAGACCACGCAAGGGAUCGCAAGAAGCGUCGUUCCAUCGAGAGAUAUACGACCUGAACCGCCAGCAGAGCGACCGAGCGGCAGCAGCGAUCAGGAGAUGAAGGAAGCCGACGAGCCUGCUCCCUCUAGAUCUACCCACGCCCGCAUAUCCAACUCGGAAUUACGCGAGAGGAUCCUUCGCGAACAGCUCGUCGCCAAGCGCCGUACCGCCUCGAGCGACAAGGUAGGUAGUCUUAGCCAUUCGAAACCCUCCGAAGAAAGAGAGAGAGACCACAGAGAAGCAUCCCGCGGAGGCAUGGCCUAGCAGCACGGCACACAGCACAUGAAAAUGAAUGGACA